UUCUCAAUGUCGGACGUAUGCUUAUCUUCUUGCCUUCCUCGCUUCAACAACGACGACGACGUCAGAGCGAAAAUGUACGCCGCUGUUGCUCUGUAUAUAUCUCGUUGUUUUUUUAUAUUAUCAUGAAUUGGCAAUUCAAGUGGACUCUAAUAAACAAUCAUAGGGGCUUCGUGUUUGCAUGGAUAACUAAUUUUCUGAACUAACAGGGCUAUUGCAUCCAUUGUAGAAUAGUAGUCACGUGACCUCCAUACAGGGCCUGCUGCUGUCUGUUUUCAGUGGAGGGAGAGAUGCGAAGAAAAAUGGCGACUGCAGGCGACCUAAAGCGGGACACCGGCCAUUCGGUUUGAGCAUUCUAGCUGAAAUUGAGUCCGGGGCUUGAUGGGAAGAAUUUGAACGGUCACAACAUUGGUUAAGCAUUCCUACGGUACCCGUUUUCUCGGGUUUGCGUGGGCUACUUGAGCGCCGAAAUUGAAGCCGAAAAUAAUACAUUCUUUGCUACAAUGAGGGGGAGAAGAGGAAGGCCGCCCAAACAGGCACUGAUGCGGGAUGUUUCCCCCGGGCCAGUUCGCGGUUCUAGAGGUGGCCGUAGAGGUAUGCGUGGACGGGGAAGGGGUCGAGGACGGGGCCGGGGCCGAGGUUCGGUGGAUAUCGAUACAGAUAUUUCCAACAGGGACAACUUCCACUCGUCCAGGGGUCGGAGGAAAGUUGGAGCAACGACGACAUCGCGGGGCAGAGGCAGGGGAAGAGGCAGAGGUUCGAGAGGUGGUCGCGGCAGCAGGGGGAGACGGCCCCAGACUAAGGUGGUUUACGAUGACAAUAGCGACGAAGAUGAGGAUAAUAUUAGUUUGAGAUCGGAGGAGGACGAACUUUUACACGAGAACCGAUCGUCAGAUUUCGAAGAGGAGGCCGUAGACAACGAGUCCGAUUAUCUGGAAGAAUUACCGGACGAGGAUGAUGCGAGCUACUGUACAGAGAGCAGCUUUCGGAGCCAUAGCACGCACGGUAGUACUCCAGGCCGGAGGAGGAGCCGUGCUCUCCGCCCCCGCUCGCCCAUCCUGGAGGCCAAGGACGUCCCUCCGCUGGAGCUCCCCAAGUCCUCGGAGGACCUGCUCAUCCCCGCGGGGCAGCUCCUCAACGUGGCCGCCGUCUACGAGGUCCUGCGCAACUUCGGCUCGGUCCUGCGCCUGUCGCCGUUCCGCUUCGAGGACUUCUGCGCGGCGCUGGCGGGCCAGGAGCAGUGCACCCUGCUCGCCGAGACCCACAUCUCGCUGCUCAAGGCCAUCCUGCGCGAGGAGGACACGUCCAACACCACGUUCGGCCCGGCCGACCUCAAGGACAGCGUCAACUCCACCUUGUACUUUGUGGACGGCAUGACCUGGCCCGAGGUGGUGCGCGCCUACUGCGAGAGCGACCCCGAGUACCGCCACGUCCUGCCCUGCCAGGAGGGCGAGGAGUACCCCUUCGAACCCCUGGAGAGCAAGGUCAAGGUGCUCCAGUUCCUGGUCGACCAGUUCCUCGCCACCAACCUGGCCCGCGAGGAGCUGAUGUCGGAGGGCGUGGUCGCCUACGACGACCACUGCCGCGUGUGCCACCGCCUGGGCGACCUGCUGUGUUGCGAGACGUGCUCGGCCGUAUACCACCUGGAGUGCGUCAAGCCGCCACUGGUGGAGGUGCCAGAGGACGAGUGGCAGUGCGAGGUGUGCGUGGCCCACAAGGUGCCCGGGGUGGUGGACUGCGUGCCCGAGGCGCAGAAGAGCAAGCCCUACAUCCGCCAGCUGCCCAUCGGCUACGACCGGCACCACCGCAAGUACUGGUUCCUCAACCGGCGCGUCGUCGUUGAAGAGGACGGCGAGCAGGAGGACAAGACCAUCUGGUACUACAGCACCAAGGUGCAGCUGGCCGAGCUCAUCGACUGCCUGGACAAGGACUACUGGGAGGCGGACGUGUACUGCGCCCUGGAGGAGAUGCGGGACGAGGUGCACGCCCACAUGGACAUCAGCGAGGAUCUGACCAACAAGGCCCGCGGCGGCAACAAGUGCUUCCUCACCGCCGCCAACGAGGAGAUCUUGGAGCGCCUGCGGGCCAAGCAGGAGGAGGAGCUGGAGGAGGUGAAGAGGCGCGCUGCGGAGGAGGCCCAGAAAGCCCGGCUGGAGAGGGAGAAGGAGGAGGAGGGAGAGGAGAAGGAGGGAGGGCAGCCCAAGGAGGAGCCGGAGGAGCUGAAGGUGAAGGAGGAGGCCACAGGAGAGAAUGAUCCUCCCCAGGAUCAGAGCACCAAGGAGGGGAUCACCAGUCCAGCCGAAGGGGCUCCCUCUGCUGGCCAGGAGGCCAACAGCAGCUCAGCGGUUCCCAAAUCUGAGGCCCUGGCUCCAGACCUGCCUGCCACAGAGCCCGCUAGCCUGGCAUCGGGCCCCCAGGAGCCUCCAGCUGCCUCUGGGGAGACUGGGGAGGAGGGCCAGACCAGCAUGGAGGUCACGCAGGACUCGGAAGACAAGGCAGAGUCGGACUCUGGCUUCCCCAGUGGAGAGGGCGUCCCCGGCUUGAGCCAGCCCCCCCAGACCAGUGAGGAGAACAGCAACAGCAGCAUGGGUGGCCCCCGGGGCCCCGAGCCCCCCGACCUGGCCGACAAAUCUUCCCAGUCCUCCCUCGCCAGCCAGGAUGACCCAGGCGAGGGCAGGGCCAACGGCGAGACGGCCGGGCCGGGCGGGAAGUCGUCGGCCUCCACGCGCAUGGUGACCCGCCUGCGCAACCCGGAGAGCAAGCUGAGUCAGCGGAAGAGCCAGCAGGUGGCGGAGGCCGUGCACGAGGCCAACAAGGGCUUCAAGGAGGGCAAGGAGGUGUUGGUGGUGAACCAGCAGGGCGACGUGUCCCGCCUCAGCACGCGCGGCUCCAAGGAGGUGGUGAUGAAGGGCACCCUGUCCAACUACUUCAAGCUGGGCCAGGAGGGCAAGUACCGGGUGUACCACAACCAGUACAGCUCCAACACGCUGGCCCUCAACAAGCACCAGCACCGCGAGGACCACGACAAGCGCCGCCACCUCUCGCACAAGUUCUGCCUGACGCCCGCCGGCGACUUCAAGUGGAACGGCUCCAUCCACGGCUCCAAGCUGCUGACCGUCUCCACGCUGCGCCUCACCAUCAUCCAGCUGGAGAACAACGUUCCGGCGCCCUUCAUGCACCCCAACUGGGCCUCGCACAGGACCAACUGGAUCAAGGCGGUGCAGAUGUGCAGCAAGGCGAGGGAGUUUGCCCUGGCCAUGGCCAUCCUGGAGUGUGCCAUCAAGCCUGUGGCUCUGCUGCCUGUCUGGAAGGACGCCCUGGGACACACCAGGCUUCACCGCAUGACGUCCAUGGAGCGUGAGGAGAAGGAGAAGGUGAAGAAGAGGGAGAAGAAGCUGGAGGACGAGGAGACCAUGCAGCAGGCCACCUGGGUCAAGUACACCUUCCCCAUCAAACAUCAGGUGUGGAAGCAGAAGGGCGAGGAGUACCGUGUGACCGGCUAUGGAGGCUGGAGCUGGAUCAGUAAGACCCACGUUCAGCGCUUCCAACAAAAGCUGCCCGGCAACACCAACCCGAACUACCGCAAAGAGCUGGAAGAUGCCAAACUCGGCAAGAAAUGCACCCUUCUCGACUUGAGCAUAAGGCCCGGCGUCACCUCCGAAGACCAGAAAAGUAGUGUUCGCGCGGAGGAGAAGGAUGAAGACACUGGCACCCCUGAGCCCUCCGCGAGCGACUUGUCUGAGAAGAAGAUGGAGGACAAGCCAGAAGAGGAGGAGAAGAAAGGAGAGAUGAAGGAUGAGUCUACAAGGGAAAAGCCUGAAAACUCUGCAUUACAGGAGGCAGCUGAACACAUGGAGGUGGACCCGAGUCCUACAGAUUCGGGGCAAGAUAAAGAAAAAGGGACCAGCAGUUCUGAGGCGGAGGCCACCGUAAAACAGGAGCCACCUGAGGGCCCCCCUGAGGGCCCCCCUGAGGGCCCCCUGAGGCCCUUCAACUACGACGUGGUGGACGUCAGCCUGGGCUUCCACACCCGGAUCCCCUACAAGAAGUUCAAGGCCUCCAAGCUGGACGGCCUCCUGGAGCGCCGCGUCAAGCAGCACGCCCUGGAGGAGAAGCAGAGGCAUCAGGGCUCCCUGGUCAAGUCGACCCCAGCCAAGGGCGCCCAAGCCCUGCCGCAGACGCCCCUCAAGACCCAGGCGCCGUCCCCGUUCCAGGUUACGCCAGACAUUGUUAAGCCGGAGAGCAAGCCUUCGGGAAUGUCCGCUGUAGCCCAAAUGGAAGUAAAAGUCACUCCCCUUGGCGCACCAUCCAAAGACCCUGCCCCACAAAACCAAACAACUCCCCAUAAACAGGAAGGGAACCUCCAGGAAAGGACUAUGGGGCUCACAGGGGCCAGGCUAGGGGAGGGGGAAUCUAAAGUGUCCAGCUCAGGGGGGACCCAAAACAUUGCAACACCGUCUGCAUCAACGGGCUCCAUUCCCAUCUCCACCAAGGGAUCAGGACUCGAGGCAGCUUUGUUAAAACCUGAUUCCUCUACGAUGCACGCUCUGAACCAGCUGGGAAAACCAGAGCAGGCAGGAGCAGAAAGCAACGGCCACAAAGACCAGCAGGACAGACCUGGCAACGGACAAAGCGGCUCGGAAGCCGUCGCAACCCAGGCCCCCUCUUCCGGUCCUCCCCAGGUCAACGGAAAAGACGUGUUGGAGAACAGACCCAUGACCAACUCUGUCCCGAGCGAGCCCACCAACGCCCUCCCCAACAGCACAGAAGCCAAGGUGAACAGCCUAUCCAAGCCCGAGGGAGAUUGUCAGACGGUCAUUACCCAGAAGCCCUUGCUAAACGGCGACAUGGUGCCUGGCCCGGCUCCCAGGGUAGAGAUGGAAAGCAAGGUGACGGGGUCGGACCAAGUCUACCAGCCACCUUUGAAGAUGGCUAGGCUGGAGAACAACCUAGAAGGUCCAGGGCUGACGACUCAGCAACACAACAGCACAGCGCCCCAGUUCAUGGAGACGCAAUCUUCCGCUGUCAAGCCCACCAAAAUGGCGCCUUCCCCAGUGCCCUCCGCCGAAGAGUCCAGCCUGAGCAACGACUUUGCGGAGGAGAACAGCAGCAACAGUGCGGUCGAUCCGCUCAAGACCAUCAUCACCCAGAUUACCACCACCACCUCCACCACGACCACCACCAGCGUAUCCCAUCUCGCGGAGGUCUCGCGUUCCUCCAAACCGGUCGAGACUGCCACGGAGAGUGCCGUGUCCACCCUCACCACCAUGACCAAAACCACCGUGACCAAAGUGCGCUCGCCCACGCCCGACAGCCAGUCGGACGAGAGCCAGAGCGAAACGGUGACCCACGAGCACAAGACCACGCUCUCGUCCUCCGUCAGCAAGUCGUCCUCGGGGCCUCACGGUUCAACGUCUUCCCGUUCCACGCUGGCGGUCAGCCAAGAGAUCUCCGCCACCUCCACCAAGGGUCGCGUCCGCCUCCUAAAGUUCUCCCGCACCAAGAAGACUCGCUCCGACACGGCUUUGCCCUCCUAUCGCAAGUUUGUCACCAAGAGCAGCCGGAAGAGCAUCUUCGUGUUACCGAACGACGACCUAAAGGUGCUGGCGAGGCGCGGCGGUAUCCGCGAGGUGGCCAUCUUCAACUACAACGCCAAGCCAGCGCAGGACAUCUGGCCCUACCCUUCACCCAGGCCUACGUUUGGCAUCACUUGGAGGUACCGGCUUCAGACGGUGAAGUCGCUGGCGGGCGUGAGCCUGAUGCUGAGGCUGCUCUGGGCCUGUCUCAGGUGGGACGACAUGGCCGUCAAGCCAUCCGCCGCUGUGGGCACCACGCGGACAGAGACGUCCGACACGGAGAUCACCACCACGGAGAUCAUCAAGCGCCGUGACGUGGGCCCGUACGGGAUCCGCUCCGAAUACUGCAUCCGGAAGAUCAUCUGUCCCCUCGGAGUCCCCGACACACCUAAAGAAACCCACACGCCCCAGAGGAAAGGCCUGCGCUCCAGCGCCCUGAGGCCCAAGAAGCCCGAGCCCACCAAGCAGACGGGGCCGGUGGUGAUCGAGACCUGGGUAGCCGAGGAGGAACUGGACCUGUGGGAGAUCCGCGCCUUCUCCGAGAGGGUGGAGAAGGAGAAAGCCCAGGCAGCAGAGCAGGCCAAGAAGCGUCUGGAGCAGAAACAGGGAGUGGCCACGACCACCGUCACACCCACGGGGACCCCGGUCACACCAGCUGCCGCCCCAAAAGUCAUUGUGGGCUCCCUGUCUGGCCAGGUCACCCCCGGCACCAAAGUGGUACUGGCCACCAAGAUGGGUGGCACCCCUGUCACGUUCCAGCAGAAUAAGAACUUCCAUCAGACGUUCGCCACCUGGGUCAAGCAGGGUCAGCCCAGUCAAGCAGGCGCGGCGGGCACCGUGACAACCGUGGCCACGUCGGGCGGACAGACCUUCCAGAUCACAGGCACGUCCAUGGGUGGCAAGGUCCUGCACGCCAAGCUGCCACUGCCCGCCAACAGCAAGUUUGUCACCGUCAACGUGCCAACCACGCAAGGAGGUGUGAUCCAGCAGAAGGUGGUUGGCAUCAUCCCCUCCAGCACAGCAGGGGCGGCCACUUUCAGCCCGUUCCAGCCGCGCACCACCACCCUCAACAUCCGGCCCGGCGCCCCCGGCUCCCCGCAGCAGGUGCUCACCACCGGGGGCCAGAUCCGUCCAGGGAUGACGGUGAUCCGCACCCCCAUCCAGCAGGCAGGGGCCCUGGGGAAGACCAUCCUCCGCACCCCUCUGGUGAUGCAGCAAGGUCAAGCGGGCCAGCAGGUGGUGACCCAGAUCAUCCGCGGCCAGCCCGUCUCCACCGCCAUCUCGGGCGCCAGCCCCGUCACCACCAUCGCCGGGCAGAGGGUGGGCAGCCCCGUGACCCCGGGACAGCCUGCCACCGCCCAGACGCCCCAGGGGCCGCGGGCACAAGCCCAGGGCCAGGUCAAGCUCACCCUGGCCCAGCUCACACAGCUCACCCAGGGGGCACAGAAGCAGCAGAGUGCGUCGGUGGAGCGCCCGGCGGGGCCCCAGCAGGGCCUGACGGUGAUGGUGCAGGGCCAGGGCCAGACCACGGGCCAGCUGCAGGUCAUCCCCCAGGGCGUGGCCGUCAUCCCCGGCCCCGGCCAGCAGCUCAUGCAGGCCGCGCUGCCCAACGGACAGGUCCAGCGUUUCCUCUUCACGCCCAUGCCGGCCGCGCCCGCCGCCACCACAGCCACGGCCGUGCCCGCCCAGCCCCACCCCUCCACCACCAAGACCCCCGCCCAGCCCGCCCAGCAGGCGGCCGCCCCCGUCCAGGCCGGCGCCGCCGCCCCUCUGGCCACCAGCACCCCACCCUCGGCCACCCCCCAGGGCCAGCUUCCCCCGCAGACCCAGGCCCACAUGCCCAUCCAGUCGCCCACGCCCCUCCAGGUGAAGAGCCAGGCCCGGGGAGGGGGCCAGCUCCAGCUGCAGCAGUCCCCCCAGCUCCUCAGCAUGCCGGGGCUGCAGCAGCAGGUGCAGGUCCUGGCCCAGCUCCAGCCGGGGCCCGGCGGCGGGGCUCUGCCCCAGCAGAUCAAGCUGCAGCUGCCCAUCCAGAUCCAGCAGCCAGGGGGCGCUGCCGGAGCUCAGGGAGGACAGAUGGGCAACGUGGUGACCAUCCAGACGGCCAGCGUCCAGGAGCAGCUGCAGAGGAUCCAGCAGCUCCGGGAGCAGCAGCAGCAGAAGAAGAAGCAGGCGGCCGAGGCCCGCAGGGAGCAGGCGCUGGCCGCCGCCAGCCAGAGCGACAUCAUCCAGAAACAGGUGGUGAUGAAGCACAAUGCCGUGAUCGAGCACCUGAAGCAGAAGAAGACCAUGUCUCCAGCGGAGAGGGAGGAGAACCAGAGGAUGAUCGUGUGCAACCAGGUGAUGAAGUUCCUCCUGGACAAGAUCGACAAGGACGAGAAGCAGGCGGCCAAGCGGCGGAAGAAGGAGGAGGUGGUGGAGCAGAAGCGCUCCAAGCAGAACGCCUCCAAGCUGUCGUCGCUGCUCUACCGCCACAAGGAGAGCCUGAAGGCCGAGAUCCUCAAGAAGAGAGCCCUGCUGGACAAGGAGCUGCAGCUAGAGGCUCAGGAGGAGCUAAAGCGAGACCUGCUGAAGCUGCGGAAGGAGAAGGAGAGGGCCCAGGCCGCCGCCCACCAGGCCGCCCACCAGGCCGCGCACGCCCACCACGCCCCGCCGCACCCCGCCCCCCACCUGAGCUCGCCCGCCUCGGCGCACAAGCGCAAGCGGGAGGAGGAGAGGGGGGAGGCGGCGGCAGCGGGCGGCCCCCCCUCCUCCCUCUCCGCCGGGCCGGGCUCCAAGGCCAAGAAGAAGAAGAUGAUCUCCACCACUACCUCACGGGACAACAGGAAGGACACCAAGCUGUACUGCGUCUGCAAGACGCCGUACGACGAGACCAAGUUCUACAUCGGCUGCGACCUCUGCACCAACUGGUACCACGGCGAGUGUGUGGGCGUCACUGAGAAGGAGGCCAAGAAGAUGGACGACUACAUCUGCAGCGAGUGCAAGCACGCCCAGGAGGGCAACACGGAGGAGCUGUACUGCAUCUGCCGGACGCCCUACGACGAGUCCCAGUUCUACAUCGGCUGCGACCGCUGCCAGAACUGGUACCACGGCCGCUGCGUGGGCAUCCUGCAGAGCGAGGCCAACCACAUCGACCAGUACGUGUGCCCGCAGUGCCAGUCCACGGAGGACGCCAUGACGGUGCUCACGCCGCUCACAGACAAGGACUUGGAGGGCUUGCGGAGGAUCCUGCGCUCCCUACAGGCACACAAAAUGGCGUGGCCUUUCCUGGAGCCCGUGGACUCCAACGACGCCCCCGACUACUACAGAGUCAUCAAGGAACCCAUGGAUCUCUCCACCAUGGAGGAGAGGUUACAGAAGCGCUACUACAUCAAGCUGACCGAGUUUGUGGCGGACAUGACCAAAAUCUUCGACAACUGCCGCUACUACAACCCCAGCGACUCGUCCUUCUACCAGUGUGCGGAGGUCCUGGAGAACUUCUUCGUCCAGAAGCUCAAAGGUUUCAAAGCCAGCAGAUUGUGAUGUCAUAAGUCUGACAGCUGGGUGCAGGGGUCACUCAAAAAACUAAAUUAGUCAAUCCUGGACCUUGCUGUUUUUAUUUCUUUAAAACAGCGUUAAAACCAUUUGUAAGAAAGUUGCAUAUAUUAAGACACACUGUAGGUGUGAAUUUUCUUUUCUUUUUUGUAUUUUAGAAUGACAGGUUCUUCAAAAAAAAACAUUUCUCACAUUUGAUGAUGGCAGCCAUGUUGGUUACAAAAAGCAAUCAAGGGAAAAUAAAUAUAUUUUUUCUGUACACCAGUAUCUCACUAAAGACAUUGUUUAUAAUUCAUUCGGGUGCAAGGCACAGUAUCACGUUUUGAAAAGGUUGAUUCACGACCCUUUAUAUAAUUUUGCAAAUACAUUAGAUGUUAUAUUUCACCAAGUUCCUUAUGCAGAUAAGUUAUCAACUGAAGAUUUACUGACCACAAAUAACAUAUUUUACCUCCUCUGACCAUUUUAAAAAGCUUGCAACAUAUAUUAGUUUCUCUUUUAUCAGAUCUAUCCAAAUGUAAUAUUAUUAUUUUAUUGUGCAUAUGAUAUCCUUUUGUGAAGGACUAUUAUGUUAAAAAGGAAAUAAUGGUAGGAAAUGUCAAUAUAGCUCAGAGGAAAAGUCCUGUGUAGCUUCAGUUCAAAUCUGGUGAGCUGGGCAGCCCAACAUUUUAUGUUCUCACUGUAUAUAUCCUGUUGGGCCAACGUUGUAUCGUACAAUGCCAGGCCAACACACCAACAUGGCUGCUUGUCUCUGCUCAAAAUGUCUGACCCCACUGGCAUCCAAUAAGUGUUUCUUUUUUGUUUUUGUAUUCCCUAGUGCAUAUUUUUGUCAUAUGUCAAGCUUUUAAUAAAAAAACGACAACAAAGUUA